AUCGUAGUUCUCCGCUGGAACACGUGCGAAGGGGAAACAUGAACAGGAAGACGAAGCGGCGGCCGCCCCUGGCGGGAUAUUCGUCUCCGCCGCUGCCGGGGAAAGCCGCCAAGAAGCGCGUGAAGCGGCAGAUCUGCGUGGAGUUCUCUGCCGCUUUGAAGGAGCCGGCCUUGAAAGAGAAAGUGGCUGCCGCUUGGGCCAGCCAGGAGCCGCUUGAGGAUGACGCAGUCAUUCUGGAUCCUGCUCCUUUCCCCCACUGUGUUAUCCCAGGGUUCAUCCCCAACGAGGACUUCCUGGAGGGUCUGCAGAGGGAACUCCUGAGCCUAGAUUUCCAUGAAAAGUGUAAUGAUCUGUACAAGUUCAAACAGUCAGAUGACCUAAAGAAGAGAGGAGGGACCCACGUAGCAGCAUUAAGAAAAAUUCUUUUUGAAGAAUUCCGGUCUUGGCUUUCUGACGUGAUCCAGGUAGAGCUGGAACCAACCAUUGAUCUGUCUUGUGCUAAAUAUGAAUAUACAGAUACCCUGCUGUGUCAUGAUGAUGAGUUGGAAGGGCGGCGAAUCGCAUUCAUCCUUUAUCUUGUACCCCCCUGGCAUAAGCACGAUGGGGGCACUUUGGAUCUCUUCUGUACAGAUGAUCAUUUCCAACCUUUGCAGAUCGUCAAGUCUUUGGUCCCUUCCUGGAACUCGCUCGCUUUCUUUGAAGUAUCACCAGUCUCCUUCCACCAGGUGUCUGAAGUCGUUUCCAAAGAGAAGUGCCGCUUGUCGGUGAGCGGCUGGUUUCAUGGUCCCUCGGUUGAAAGGCCACCACGUCAUAUCGAGCCACGGAUUCCACGAAGCCCCCACAUCCCUCGGGAUCAUGAAAUCUUGUAUGAUUGGAUCAAUCCAGUUUAUUUGGACAUGGAUUCCCAAGCACAGAUCCAGGAAGAAUUUGAAGAUCGAUCUGAGAUCUUGCUGAAAGACUUUCUCAAGAGAGACAAGUACCAGCUGGUUUGCGAAGCUUUGAAGGUGGAAGGACUCACCUGGAGCAGUAGAGGGCCUCCCAACAAAAGGCAUUACGAGAAAGCAGAGGAGAAAAGCUUGCCGGCCACUUUAAAAGAGUGUUUGGAGCUCUUCCGGUCCGAGGCCUUCUUCUUGCUCCUUUCUAAUUUCACGGGCCUGAAACUGCAUUUUCUAGCCCCAGAGGAGGAAGAGGAAGGAGGAGGGGAGUCUUCUGAAAGCUCACAAGGACCCAGUGGUCAAGAGGAAGCUGGCAACACAGACUGUACAGAGGCACCAGGGAACAUCUCCGAUAAUGACGACAGCCAAGAGAACGGGGUCCCUCUUUGCGCUGGAGAACUGAGACGCUGGAGAAAAGGAUGUUACACACUAAUCCACGAUGCCCAAAGAGCAGAGUUUGCCCUGGAUCUGCUGCUCUUCUGUGGGGGUGAAGAUUGGGACGUCGAAUCGGGAGGCUUCACUUCAUACAUUGCAAAAGGUGAAGAUGAAGAGCUGCUGAUGGUUAAUCCAGAGGCCAAUUGCUUGGCUUUAGUUUACAGAGAUCGAGAGACACUGAAAUUUGUGAAGUACAUUAAUCGGCGUAGUUUGGAGCAGACGCCUGAUCCAAAAGAAUUCUGGGACUUCUCCUUUGUUUACUAUGAAUGAGAGAUGGUGCCAGCCAAUGAAGGCAAGCCAUUUCUCUUCGUUAAAUACUCAAAAGGACAGGGGGGGGUUUUCUUACAAAGAAAGAUCCUGUUGCGCAAUCUGCUUUUACUCUGAUGCUCCUGCAAAGCACCCCUCCUUUCUCUGGGGCCCUUUUGGAAAUUUAACCAUGGUCUGAAGUGCUGGGGGGAGAGGGACGGACACAAAGCUUCCACAUGUUAGCAAUGCAAAUACCAUGUUGUUUGGACUGAGGUCAGGAUUUUGGUUAUGGCUCCUCCUAAGCAGUCUUAGGGGACGUGGUGGCUCAGUGGCUAAGACGCUGAGCUUGUCGAUCAAAAGGUCGCCAGUUCAGUGGUUCGAAUCCCUAGUGCCGCAUAACGGGGUGAGCUUCCAUGACUUGUCCCAGCUUCUGCCAACCUAGCAGUUCGAAAGCACGUAAAAAAGGCAUGUAGAAAAAUAGAGACCACCUUUGGUGGGAAGAGAACAGUGUUCCGUGCGCCUUUGGCGUUGAGUCAUGCCAGCCACAUGACCACGGAGACGUCUUCGGACAGCGCUGGCUCUUCGGCUUUGAAACGGAGAUGAGCACCGCCCCCUAGAGUCAGGAAUGACUAGCACAUAUGCGCAAGGGGAACCUUUACCUUAUGCAGCCUCAGAAAAACACAACCCAGUAACCUGGAAGAAGCCAAGAUUCGCUGUAUUCUUCAAAACUCACCACUUCUUACAGACAGCCGAAAAAGGGUAUUUCCAUUUGGUCUAAUUAUGUGGUAUUUUGCAGCUUGGGUUAAUAAUCGUGGAAAAUUGUUAUGGUUUGUUGAGUAAGCCUCUACUGGUUGGAUUCAUGGAGGUUGUUAAACCGUAAAUCAAGCCAGUCUUUGAAAUGUGUAAGCCUAGACAGAUUACUUACUGUCAGCUGUACCAAAGGGAGAAUCCUAACUCAAUUAUAAUAGUUGCAACCAGCUUAAAAGGCAGUAACCCUUUUCAAACUUUAUUCAUAAUCAAGACCUCACAUUAAUUUAUAAUAAUAAAAAAGGUUUGGCAUUA